CUUUCGAGCAGACAAAGAUGGCGGUACGGAAGAAAGACGGCGGCCCGAACGUAAAAUUUUUCGAAGCGUCUGAUACCGUCUCGCAGUUCGACAAUGUCCGGGUUUGGCUGGGCAAGAAUUAUAAAAAGUAUAUUCAGGCAGAGCCCCCUACCAAUAAAUCUUUGUCAAGUCUGGUGGUUCAACUGCUUCAGUUUCAGGAGGAAGUGUUUGGCCGGCAUGUCAGCAACCCUCCCCUCACUAAGCUACCGAUGAAGUGUUCUUUGGAUUUCAAAUCUGGAGGAGCUCUUUGUCAUAUUCUGGCUGCAGCCUACAAGUUCAAGAGUGAUCAAGGAUGGAGGAGAUUUGACUUCCAGAAUCCUUCAAGAAUGGACCGCAAUGUUGAGAUGUUCAUGACUAUAGAAAAGUCUUUGGUACAGAAUAACUGUUUGUCCCGACCUGUGAUUUACCUGAGUUCAGAGAUAGAGCCCAAGCUACUUGGAAAACUAAAGGACAUCAUCAAACGACACCAGGGGUCUGUGACUGAGGAUAAGCUGUCCAGCUCUCAUGUAGUGGUGCCUAUUCCUUCUAGUCUGGAGGAAGAAGAGUGGGUCCGUCCUGUUAUGAAGAGAGAUAAACAGAUGCUGCUGCACUGGGGCUACUGGCCCGACAGUUAUGACACAUGGAUCCCAGCCAAUGAAGUGGAGGCUGCAGUGGAGGAUCCGCCCACCGCUGAGAAACCCAGGAAGGUUCAUGCCAAGUGGAUUCUGGACCUGGACCAGUUCAAUGAGUGGAUGAAUGAGGAAGACUAUGAGGUGGGGGAGGUGGGGCCGAGGAGGAAGAGGAUUUCAGCGAAGACUCUCACAGAUGAAGUGAGCACUCCGGAUGAAAGGAGGGAUAAAAAACCCAGCAGUGCCAAAAAGAGGAAACGCUCCCCUUCUCCUUCACCUACCCCUCCACCACAGGAGAGCAAGAAGAAAAACACCAAGAAAGGGCCCACUACUCCUUACACUAAGUCCAAGCGAGGACAGAGAGAGGAAGAACAGGAAGAUCUAACAAAAGAGCUGGAUGAACCCUCACCUGUACCUGCAGUGGAAGAAGCUAUGCUACCUAAAACUAUGACUAAGAAGGACUCAGAUUCUACUCCAGUGAAAGGAGGCACUAUGACUGACCUGGAUGAACAAGAGGAUGAGUCAAUGGAGACUGUAGGAAAGGAGGAAGAAGAGGGUUCCCCCAGUGUGAAGGGAGAGCCAGUGAAGGGUUCAGAUCUUCAUGAGGAUAAUGUCACUGAACAAACUCAUCAUAUUAUUAUACCUAGCUAUGCUGCUUGGUUUGACUAUAACAGUGUCCAUGCUAUAGAGCGCAGAGCUCUGCCUGAGUUUUUCAAUGGGAAAAACAAAUCAAAGACUCCCGAAAUUUAUCUGGCUUACCGUAACUUCAUGAUCGACACAUACCGACUGAACCCACAGGAGUAUUUGACCUCCACAGCUUGCCGUAGGAACCUGGCUGGAGAUGUUUGUGCCAUCAUGAGGGUCCAUGCAUUUCUGGAGCAGUGGGGCUUGAUUAACUAUCAGGUGGAUUCAGAGAGCCGGCCCACACCCAUGGGACCUCCACCUACCUCACACUUUCAUGUGCUGGCAGACACUCCUUCAAGUCUGGUACCACUACAGCCUAAAGCAUCCCAGACUUCAUCCUCUCAGCAGAUGCUCUCUUUCCCUGAUAAAGUGAAGGACAAACCAGCUGACCUGCAGAACUUUGGGCUGAGGACAGAUGUGUACAGCAAGAAGAGCAUCCCAGCUAAAAAAAGUGCAGCCAGUGCCACUCGGGAAUGGACUGACCAGGAGACACUACUGUUGUUGGAGGGUCUAGAAAUGUAUAAGGAUGACUGGAAUAAAGUAUCAGAACAUGUGGGCAGCCGCACACAGGAUGAGUGCAUCCUCCAUUUCUUGCGUCUACCAAUCGAAGACCCCUACCUGGAGGAUAGCUCCUCCUCCCUGGGCCCGCUGGCCUAUCAGCCCAUCCCGUUCAGUCAAGCUGGAAACCCUGUCAUGAGCACUGUGGCAUUCCUUGCCUCUGUGGUCGACCCUCGAGUGGCCUCUGCUGCAGCUAAAUCUGCCCUUGAGGAGUUCUCUCGGAUGAAGGAGGAGGUGCCAGCUGCAUUGGUGGAGGCUCACGUGCGUAGAGUGGAGGAAGCAGCCAGAGCCAGCGGCAGGCCGGACCCUCUUUAUGGCCUAGAGGGGAGCGGCAUCGCAGGCACCGGCCUUGAGGAUUCUGACAAACCCGCUGAGGAGAGCAGUGAGGAGAGUAAGGGCAGUGAGAAUCAAUCCAGCCAGGAUAAGAUAGAUAAUAAGGUGAGCAAAGAUGGACCCAGCGAGGAAGAAGAGAAACAAGGGGAGAAUGGCAAGAAAGAGAAAGAGAGAGCAAGAGAAGGGGAGACAGAGAGGGAGACAGAGAAUACAGACUCAGAAAUGGGUGACAGUGAGAAGGAGAAAGAGCGGAAGGAGGGAUCAGAAGAGGGUCAGAGGGAUGGAGAGAGUGAGGGAGAGAAGAAAGCAAAGGUGGAGAGAGAUGUAGGAGAGGGAAACCUGGCCACUGCCGCUGCCUCUGCUCUUGCUGCUGCUGCUGUGAAAGCUAAGCACUUGGCUGCAGUGGAGGAGAGGAAGAUCAAGUCUCUGGUGGCUCUGCUGGUGGAGACCCAGAUGAAGAAACUGGAGAUCAAACUCAGACACUUUGAAGAGUUGGAGACCAUCAUGGACAGAGAGAGAGAGGCGUUGGAGUAUCAGAGGCAGCAGCUUCUUGCUGAUCGUCAGUCGUUCCACAUGGAGCAGUUGAAGUAUGCGGAGAUGAGAGCCCGGCAGCAACACUUCCAGCAGAUCCAACACCAGCACCAUAGUAACCAACCUGGCAACCAAUCAGGCAGUGCUCAAUCUGUACCUCACCAGCCUGUCCCCAACGCCUCUGCCCUGGCCCCAACACCAAGCUCUGCCCCCGCAAACAACUCUAAUGCCCAAAAUGAAGCUCCUUCUCCUGCUUCUCACAGUUCUCCCCCCACCAACACACAGGCUGGAGCAGUGCACGAUUCCAGCACUUCACUACCUGGGGAUUCUCUCUAUCCAAAUGCCCCUGUACAACCAACACAGUAAAGAGAGAAUAGGAUGUGUAAAGAAGACAAGUUUUAAUGAUUUCAUAGAAAAAAAUGGAAAGAGCUCAGAAAGAACGAUUGAAACAGUGGAAUAGAAAGAAAAAGAGAUGGGAGAUAAAGGGAGCGAGAUCUUCUUUUUUGUCACUUUCAUCAUUUUUGGGAGAAAAAAAUUAUAUAAAUGAAUUUAGCCAGGAUCUUGAACAUGAAACAGUUCAAAAUUGAUAAAGCUAAACCCAGAUAACCUUGAAACAGACAGUAAAAAAAAGAAAAAAGAAAAGAAAAAAAGAGGACCUUCGGUCAUCUGGAAAGUUUAAAUCCGAGCCCGUUAAAUUAAUUCCCAACAAAAGUGCUCCAGACCCCCAACAGCCUGCAUCCAAGUACUACAAACAAGCUUAGCCCUAAAAAGGAUUGAAGGUUUUUCAGUCUUAUCGUCGUCUCUCGCCAAACUAUAGGAUCCAUAAGUCUGUGUACCAGGAUCCAGAAUGGCAUCAAAAAGCACCUCAAUACACUUAAGGUACUUAAGUCUCACAUGGAAAUGGAAAAAGAAAACAGACAAAUUGCACUUUUAGAAUGUUUCCCUAAUCUUAAUUUUGGAGGGGUGAAGCAUUAAGUCAAACUUAGCCCUUAAUGUUUUCUUUUAUCAGUGUUCUUUUAUCACUCAAUCUUUGUAUUUGUUUCAUAGAAGCACUUAAUUUGGAGUAAGUCCGAAGUCCGAAACUUGACUUUGCAAUUGUUACUUUGUGUGUGUGUGUGUGUGUGUGUGUGUGUGUGUGUGUGUGGUUGGUUGGUUGGUUGGUUUUGAUCUUGGGAUAAUGUGAAAGCUUUAGUGGUUUGGCCUGUUUUUUAUGAACAAUUUGCUAUUAGCAUGAAGAAAAAAGAGGACAGCAAAUUAGUUUCAAAUCUGUUUACUUUGUAUGAAGUGUCUCUGACAACAUGUACUGUAAACCUGAAAAAUGUCAUCAAUAAUUGAUGUUUGCAUGUUAUUUUUUGAGUAUGUGUGCUUGUAGGAUACAUGUCAUCAUCAUCAUAAAGUGUUGCUCUACAUUUUUAACAGGUGAAAGUAGUCUUGUUAUCCAUUCUCAUGCCAUUGUCGUGCUUAUGAGAGAAUACUUAGUCGUCGUGAAACGGAAGUUGCAACCAUCUUCCGUAUUGUGAUGUAUUUCCGAGUGAAACAGCUUAUCAGCUUUAAGAAAAAAAAUGUAGGCCGGGGAUUUUAGUCUAUCCACUGGUUGUUGAUUGGAUUGUGAAAAUAUGGGCAUUGCAGAGUGGAACGGAGGCAGAUCUGAAUGCGAGUUUGCAGUGGACACACCCCUACCACCAUGGAGCUCAAGUCAGAACCGGUUAUCGGUGAAAUUGAGCAGCGAUCUUAACACAUUUAUUAUCAAACUGACAACAUAAACGCAUGAGUACAUCACAGUCUUUUCUUAUGAAGAGGCUGUAGCCGUUGAAAAACGAGUGAGUAAAAGAUAACCAUAUUUUAACGUUUUGAAUCACAAUACACUAAAUUUAAAGGAAAAAACACUUACUCGUGCUGUGCAUCCAAAGAAAACUGCAUUCAAAAAUAUAAAUAAACUCCAGAGGCAUCCGAA